CCUCUCUCUUCUUUACGACAACCACACAAACGACGUGUUGCUGUUGGAUGCUAACUAGCUAGCUAUCUAAGCUAAACUGGCCGCCGUCGCAGUGGCUGACAAGUUAGCUAGCUAGCGUUCUUUUUCCUUGCAGAAAUAAAAACGGAACUACACAUCGGGUGAAUUGAAGUUUGCAACCAAACCCGGACAAUGAAGACGCGGAUAGACAUGGAAUUUGUACUUGUGUUCACGGUAGUUGCCUUCAGUACUUGUUUAGGAUUCUAUCUUCCGGGUUUAGCACCAGUGAGUUUUUGUGAAGACGGUAAAGGAGGUGAUGAUUGUCAGGUAAAUUAACACGGAUGGUGGUGUUCUUUGAAAGAUGCAUGUUUUUCAGAUUGAAGUUUAUAAAUGUUAUAUUUGUAUUUUGUUCUAUUUCCUUCCUACUGGCUAGCUAUCUAGGUGGUUAGGUGCUAAUGUUAGCUAGCUAACUAGUUAGCUACAUGCUAACUAGUCAAGUGACACCAGGAAAAAGUUAUUAUUGUAACUAGCUAGUUAGUUGAGAAUUCUCAACUCCACGAUACAAUGGAGUUGAGUGGCGAUAAAUUGGAAAUAAAAGAAAGCAUUUGCACAGGACAAACAUAGAUAUGUACAACAAGGUAUGCAUUAAAGAAUGGACAUUUUUACCGACCAUGAUACCGACUCGAUAUAGACGAAGGUACACCGCCAAAAGUCAUCGCCACACAGAUGUGAUGUACAUAUCGUGGAGUUCAGAAUUCUUAACUAUUAUUAUUGCUGCACUAACGAUACUAAAGCUGUUCACUAGCUAAACUAUCAAAACGUCAUCGUAACAAGUGGGGGUGCGUGCUCAGACCCCUUCUGUACAGCAUGUUCAUCAAUGACUGCGUGGCCACGCACUUCUCCAACUCGAUCAUCUAGUUUGCUGAUGACACAACACUGGUAGGCCUGAUUACCAAAAACGAAACUAAGAGACAGCCUAAAGAAAGGAGGUGAGAGCCCUGGCAGAGUGGUGCCAGGACAAUAACCUCGCCCUCAACAUAAACAAAACGGAGCAGAUAGUGGACUACAGUAGACAGCAAAGACAGCACGCCCCUCCAUAUCGACGGGGCCGCAGUGGAGAGGUUCAAAAGCUUCAAGGCGUGCACAUCACUUACAACCUGAAAUGUUCCCUUCACGCAGACGGUGUGGUGAAGAAUGGCGCAACAGCGCCUCUUCAACCUCAGAAGUCUGAAGAAAUUUGCCUUGGCCCCUAAAACCCUCAUGAACUUCUACAGAUGCACCAUUGAGAGCAUCCUGUCGGGCUGUAUUACUGCCUGGCAUGGCAAUUGCACAGCCCGCAACCGCAGGGCUCUCCAGAGGGUGGUGCGGUCAGCCCACUUCCUGCCCUUCAGGACAACUACAGCACCCGGUGUCACAGGAACGCCAAGAAGAUCAUCAAGGACCUCAGCCACUCGAGCCACGGCCUGUUUACCCCGCUAACAUCUAGAAGGCGGAGACGGUACAUAUGCAUCAAAGCUGGGACAGAGAGACUGAGAAACUGCUUCUAUCUCCAGGCCAUCAGACGGUUAAACAGUCACCACUAGCCGGCCUCAGCCCAGUACCCUGCCCUGAACCUCAGUCACUGUUCUAGCCGGCUACCACUCGGUACUCCACCCUGCUGCCCUAUGUACAUAGUCAUUGAACACUGGUCACUUUAAUAAUUUCUACAUACUGGUUUAACCACUUUAUAUGUAUAUACUGUAUUCUAGUCAUGUCUCAUCCUAUAUAACUACUGCUGUACACACAUUUUCUAUUCAUAUACUGUCCAUACUGUUUUUACACACCAUUUAUUUUUUAUUUAUUUUAUUUUACCUUUAUUUAACUAGGCAAGUCAGUUAAGAACAAAUUAUUAUUACAAUGACGGCCUACUUUAUAUAUAUUUAUAUAUAUAUAUGUGUGUGUGUGUAAUAUACACUACCGUUCAAAAGUUUGCGGUCACUUAGAAAUGUCCUUGUUUUCGAAAGAAAAGCAAUUUUUUUUGUCCAUUAAAAUAACAUCAAAUUGAUCAGAAAUACAGUGUAGACAUUGUUAAUGUUGUAAAUGGCUAUUGUAGCUGGAAACGGCUGAUUUGUAAUGGAAUAUCUACAUGGGCGUACAGAGGCCCAUUAUCAGCAACCAUCAGUCCUGUGUUACAAUGGCACGUUGUGUUUGCUAAUCCAAGUUUAUCAUUUUAAAAGGAUAAUUGAUCAUUAGAAAACCCUUUUGCAAUUAUGUUAGCACAGCUGAAAACUGUUGUGCUGAUUUAAAGAAGCAAUAAAACUGGCCUUCUUGAGACUAGUUGAGUAUCUGGAGCAUCAGCAAUUGUGGGUUCGAUUACAGGCUCAAAAUGGCCAGAAACAAAUAACUUUCUUCUGAAACUCGUCAGUCUAUUCUUGUUCUGAGAAAUGAAGGCUAUUCCAUGCGAGAAAUUGCCAAGAAACUGAAGAUCUCGUACAACGCUGUGUACUACUCCCUUCACAGAAAAGUGCAAACUGGCUCUAACCAGAAUGAGGACUGGGAGGCCCCGGUGCACAACUGAGCAAGAGGACAAAUACAUUAGUGUCUAGUUUGAGAAACAGGCGCCUCACAGGUCCUCAACUGGCAGCUUCAUUAAAUAAUACCCGCAAAACACCAGUCUCAACGUCAACAGUGAAGAGGCGACUCCGGGAUGCUGUCCUUCUAGGCAGAGUUGCAAAGCAAAAGCCAUAUCUCAGACUGCCCAUCUUAAUAUUUUAUUUUUAUUGGACAGUCUGCGUCCCGGAGUCGCCUCUUCACUGUUGACGUUGAGACUGGUGUUUUGCGGGUACUAUUUAAUGAAGCUGCCAGUUAAUCAGCCGUUUCCAGCCACAGUAGCUAUUUGCUACAUUAACAAUGUCUACACUGUAUUUCUGAUCAAUUAUUGUUAUGUUAUUAUGUUAUUUUAAUGGACAACAUUUUUUGUUUUUAUUUCGAAAACAAGGACAUUUCUAAGUGACCCCAAACUUUCGAACAGUAGUGUGUGUGUAUAUAUAUAUAUAUAUAUAUAUAUACACAUACACACACACACACACAGUGGGGAAAAAAGUAUUUAGUCAGCCACCAAUUGUGCAAGUUCUCCCACUUAAAAAGAUGAGAGAGGCCUGUAAUUUUCAUCAUAGGUACACGUCAACUAUGACAGACAAAAUGAGAAAAAUAAAUCCAGAAAAUCACAUUGUAGGAUUUUUAAUGAAUUUAUUUGCAAAUUAUGGUGGAAAAUAAGUAUUUGGUCAAUAACAAAAGUUGCUCAAUACUUUGUUAUAUACCCUUUGUUGGCAAUGACACAGGUCAAACGUUUUCUGUAAGUCUUCACAAGAUUUUCACACACUGUUGCUGGUAUUUUGGCCCAUUCCUCCAUGCAGAUGUCCUCUAGAGCAGUGAUGUUUUGGGGCUGUCGCUGGGCAACACAGACUUUCAACUCCCUGCAAAGAUUUUCUAUGGGGUUGAGACUGGCUAGGCCACUCCAGGACCUUGAAAUGCUUCUUACGAAGCCACUCCUUCAUUGCCCGGGCGGUGUGUUUGGGAUCAUUGUCAUGCUGAAAGACCCAGCCACAUUUCAUCUUCAAUGCCCUUGCUGAUGGAAGGAGGUUUUCACUCAAAAUCUCACGAUACAUGGCCCCAUUCAUUCUUUCCUUUACACGGAUCAGUCGUCCUGGUCCCUUUGCAGAAAAACAGCCCCAAAGCAUGAUAUUUCUACCCCCAUGCUUCACAGUAGGUAUGGUGUUCUUUGGAUGCAACUCAGCAUUCUUUGUCCUCCAAACACGACGAGUUGAGUUUUUACCAAAAAGUUCUAUUUUGGUUUCAACUGACCAUAUGACAAAUGCACUCUAGCAAACUUCAGACGGGCCUGGACAUGUACUGGCUUAAGCAGGGGGACACGUCUGGCACUGCAGGAUUUGAGUCCCUGGCGGCGUAGUGUGUUACUGAUGGUAGGCUUUGUUACUUUGGUCCCAGCUCUCUGCAGGUCAUUCACUAGGUCCCCCCGUGUGGUUCUGGGAUUUUUGCUUACCGUUCUUGUGAUCAUUUUGACCCCACGGGGUGAGAUCUUUAGUGGAGCCCCAGAUCGAGGGAGAUUAUCAGUGGUCUUGUAUGUCUUCCAUUUCCUAAUAAUUGCUCCCACAGAUGAUUUCUUCAAACCAAGCUGCUUACCUAUUGCAGAUUCAGUCUUCCCAGCCUGGUGCAGGUCUACAAUUUUGUUUCUGGUGUCCUUUGACAGCUCUUUGGUCUUGGCCAUAGUGGAGUUUGGAGUGUGACUGUUUGAGGUUGUGGACAGGUGUCUUUUAUACUGAUAACAAGUUCAAACAGGUGCCAUUAAUACAGGUAACGAGUGGAGGACAGAGGAGCCUCUUAAAGAAGUUGUUACAGGUCUGUGAGAGCCAGAAAUCUUGCUUGUUUGUAGGUGACCAAAUACUUAUUUUCCACCAUAAUUUGCAAAUAAAUUCAUUUAAAAUCCUACAAUGUGAUUUUCUGGAUUUUUUUCUCUCUAUUUGUCUGUCAUAGUUGACGUGUACCUAUGAUGAAAAUUACAGGCCUCAUCUUUUUAAGUGGGAGAACUUGCACAAUUGGUGGCUGACUAAAUACUUUUUCCCCCCACUGUAUAUAUAUAUAUAUAUAUAUAUAUAUAUAUAUAUAUAUAUAUAUAUAUAUUCUGGUCUCAGACAUUGCUCAUUCUGAUAUUUCUUAUUUUUGUUAUUUUUAUGGAUUAUGUGUGUCUUGUUUAUUUUUUAUUUUUUUUAUUGCUAGGUAUUACUGCACUGUUGGAGCUAGAAAUACAAGCAUUUCACUGCACCUACAAUAACAUCUGUGUAUGCGACCAAUAUACUGAUUUCAGUAUUUGAAGUGGGCUUUAUACAAUAUUUGUCUAUUUCCCAAUUAUUGCUAGCUAGCUAACUAGUCAGAUUUUUUGUUUGCCAAGAUUAUUAACUUGCUAGCUAGCAGCUUAUACUUCAUGGCUGCCUGCUCAGUGGCUGGCUGGCUGGCUGGCUAGCUAGCUACACAAACCAUGAGACGAUGCAUUAAUAUACACUGCUUAAAAAAAAUAAAGGGAACACUUAAACAACACAAUGUAACUCCAAGUCAAUCACACUUCUGUGAAAUCAAACUGUCCACUUAGGAAGCAACACUGAUUGACAAUAAAUGUCACAUGCUGUUGUGCAAAUGGAAUAGACAACAGAUGGAAAUUAUAGGCAAUUAGCAAGACACCCCCAAUAAAGGAGUGGUUCUGCAGGUGGUGACCACAGGCCACUUCUCAGUUCCUAUGCUUCCUGGCUGAUGUUUUGGUCACUUUUGAAUGCUGGCGGUGCUUUCACUCUAGUGGUAGCAUGAGACGGAGUCUACAACCCACACAAGUGGCUCAGGUAGUGCAGCUCAUCCAGGAUGGCACAUCAAUGCGAGGUGUGGCAAGAAGGUUUGCUGUGUCUGUCAGCGUAGUGUCCAGAGCAUGGAGGCUCUACCAGGAGACAGGCCAGUACAUCAGGAGAUGUGGAGGAGGCCGUAGGAGGGUAAUAACCCAGCAGCAGGACCGCUACCUCCGCCUUUGUGCAAAGAGGAGCAGGAGGAGCACUGCCAGAGCCCUGCAAAAGGAUGUGUUAUUUUAGUGUUCCCUUUAUUUUUUUGAGCAGUGUAUUUUCAUAAAGUUGACGAACAAGUCUGUUCAGAUUGGUGAUCCAUGGGCGGCAGGUAGCUUAGUGGGUAAGAGCGUUGUGCCAGUAACCGAAAGGUCGCUGGUUCUAAUCCCCGAGCCGACUAGGUGAAAAAUCUGUCGAUGUGCCCUUGAGCAAGGCACUUAAACCUAAUUGCUCCUGUAAGUCGCUCUGGAUAAGAGCGUCUGCUAAAUGGAAAAAAAAAAAAAAAAAAAAAAAAAAGACCUCCAGCAGGCCACAAAUGUGCAUGUGUCUGCUCAAACGGUCAGAAACAGACUCCAUGAGGGUGGUAUGAGGGCCCGACGUCCACAGGUGGGGGUUGUGCUUACAGCCCAACACCGUGCAGGACGUUUGGCAUUUGCCAGAGAACACAAAGAUUGGCAAAUUCGCCACUGGCGCCCUGUGCUCUUCACAGAUGAAAGCAGGUUCACACUGAGCACGUGACAGACAUGACAGAGUCUGGAGACGCCGUGGAGAACGUUCUGCUGCCUGCAACAUCCUCCAGCAUGACCGGUUUGGCGGUGGGUCAGUCAUGGUGUGGGGUGGCAUUUCUUUGGGGGGCCGCACAGCCCUCCAUGUGCUUGCCAGAGGUAGCCUGACUGCCAUUAGGUACCGAGAUGAGAUCCUCAGACCCCUUGUGAGACCAUAUGCUGGUGCGGUUGGCCCUGGGUUCCUCCUAAUGCAAGACAAUGCUAGACCUCAUGUGGCUGGAGUGUGUCAGCAGUUCCUGUAAGAGGAAGGCAUUGAUGCUAUGGACCGCCCGUUCCCCAGACCUGAAACCAAUUGAGCACAUCUGGGACAUCAUGUCUCGCUCCAUCCACCAACGCCACAUUGCACCACAGACUGUCCAGGAGUUGGCGGAUGCUUUAGUCCAGGUCUGGGAGGAGAUCCCUCAGGAGACUAUCCGCCACCUCAUCAGGAGCAUGCCCAGGCGUUGUAGGGAGGUCAUACAGGCACAUGGAGGCCACACACACUACUGAGCCUCAUUUUGACUUGUUUUAAGGACGUUACAUCAAAGUUGGAUCAGCCUGUAGUGUGGUUUUCCACUUUUAAUUUUUAGGGUGACUCCAAAUCCAGACCUCCAUGGGUUGAUUAAAUUUGAUUUCCAUUGAUAAUUUUUGUGAUUUUGUUGUCAGCACAUUCAACUAUGUAAAGAAAAAAGUAUUUAAUAAGAUUAUUUCAUUUAUUCAGAUCUAGGAUGUGUUAUUUUAGUGUUCCCUUUAUUUUUUUGAGCAGUGUAUUUUCAUAAAGUUGACGAACAAGUCUGUUCAGAUUGGUGAUCCAUGCCUGCUUUUAAGUAAGUUAGGUAAUAGCUAACUAGCAGAGUUUGUAGCUAGAAUAUUGAAUGGGUAAUGCUUGGAAUACAUAUUGUAAUUUCUUUAAGUAGAAAUGUUAGGCCCCUGUGUGUGUGUGUGUGUGUAAUAAUACAGAUUGAAAUGGCUAGAAACAAUACCAAUACUGAUAACCCAAUAAUGAUCCAUGUCUUGUCAUGUCGCAUGCCUAUAUACAGACCAUCUCUCUCCUUCCUUACAGACUCUCAUCCAGCUAUUUGUGAAUCGCUUGGACUCAGUGGAAUCAGUUCUGCCCUUUGAAUAUGAUGUGUAAGUAGUAGCUCUGACUGGCACAUACCUCUCUACCUUAUCUAUCUUUUGUUGGAUCAUUGCGCAUUCAUUGAUUGUCAACAAUUUUUUCACAGCUUUGAUUUCUGCAAAGACGAUAACGAGAGGAGACCGUCUGAGAACCUGGGCCAGGUGCUAUUUGGCGAGAGAAUUGAGACGUCACCAUACAAGGUAGGGGACCUCAGUCAUCAUAUCUUCCUGGCAGUUUUUUUUUUUGGGGGGGGGGGGGGGGGGGGGGGGUCUAGAUCAGCUUUAAAUAUUGCAGAUAGAUUUUGGGUUCUAUUAGUUAUUUGGAUCUUUUCACCCUCACUCCCGCCACCCCAACCCUACUACCCCUCAAUUUAUUGGAGUCAACUAACAGCAAUACUGCUACUUGUAGCUAUUUUCGAUCACAUGUACGGUACAUGUAGUUAACUAAUUAGGCUACACAUACAGUGUAUUCGGAAAGUAUUCAGACCCCUUGACCUUUACCACAUUUUGUUACGUUACGGCCUUAUUCUAAACAUGAUUAAAAUUGUUUUCCCCCUCAUCAAUCUACACACAAUACCCCAUAAUGACAAAGCAAAAACAGGUUUGUAGAAUUUUUUUCAAAUAUAUUCAAAAAUAGGAAACUGAAAUAUCACAUUUACAUAAGUAUUCAGAUCCUUUACUCUGUACUUUGUUGAAGCACCUUUGGCAGCGAUUACAGCCGCGAGACUUCUUGGGUAUGACGCUACAAGCUUGGCACACCUGUAUUUGGGGAGUUUCUCCCAUUCUUCUCUGCAGAUCCUCUCAAGCUCUGUCAGGUUGGAUGGGGAGCGUCACUGCACAGCUAUUUUCAGGUCUCUCCAGAGAUGUUCAAGUGUGGGCUCUGGCUGGGCCACUCAAGGACAUUCAGAGACUUGUCCCGAAGCCACUCCUGCAUUGUCUUGGCUGUGUGCUUAGGGUUGUUGUCCUGUUGGAAGGUGAACCUUUGCACCAGUCUGAGGUCCUGAGCACUCUGGAGCAGGUUUUCAUCAAGGAUCUCUCUGUACUUUGCUCAAUUCAUCUUUCCCUCCAUCCUGACUAGUCUCCCAGUCCCUGCCGCUGAAACACAUCCCCACAGCAUGAUGCUGCCACCACCAUUCUCACCGUAGGGAUGGUGCCAGGUUUCCUCCAGACGUGACGCUUAGCAUUCAGGCCAAAGAGUUCAAUCUUGGUUUCAUCAGACCAGAGAAUCUUGGUUCUCAUGGUCUGAGAGUCCUUUAGGUGCCUUUUUGGCAAACUCCAAGAGGGCUGUCGUGUGCCUUUUACUGGGGAGUGGCUUCCAUCUGGCCACUCUACCAUAAAGGCCUGAUUGGUGGAGUGCUGCAGAGAUGGGAGAACCUUCCAGAAGUACAACCUUCUCCACAGAGGAGCUCUGUCAGAGUGACCAUCGGAUUCUUGGUUACCUCCCUGACCAAGGCCCUUCUCCCCUGAUUGCUCAGUUUGGCUGGGCGGCCAGCUCUAAGAAGAGUCUUGGUGGUUCCAAACUUCUUCCAUUUAAGAAUGAUGGAGGCCAUUGUGUUCUUGGGGACCUCCAAUGCUGCAGACAUUUUUUGGUACCCUUCCCGAGAUCUGUGCCUCGACACAAUCCUGUCUCUGAGCUCUAGGGACAAUUGCUUCGACCUCAUGGCUUGUUUUUCGCUCUGACAUGCACUGCCAGCUGUGGGACCUUAUAUAGACAGGUGUGUGCCUUUCCAAAUCAUGUCCAGUCAAUUUAAUUUACCACAGGUGGACUCUAAUGAAGUUGUAGAAACAUCCCAAGGAUGAUCAUUGGAAACAGGAUGCAUCUGAGCUCAAUUUCGAAUCUCAUAGCAAAGGGUCUGAAUACUUAUGUAAGUAAGGUAUUUCUGUAUUUUUAUUUUUAAUACAUUUGCACAAAUUUCUAAACCUGUUUUCGCUUUUUCAUUAUGGGGUAUUGUGUGUAGAUUGAGGCAUUUUUUAAAAUUCAAUCAAUUUUAGAAUAAGGCUGUAACGUAACAAUGUGGAAAAAGUCAAGAGGUCUGAAUACUUUCCGAAUGCACAGUACAUUCCUAAUUUCCUCUUUCUGCAAGUGCUGGAUUUUCACCCACAGGCGGCCAAUCCAUCAUUCAUUCUGAUCUUCUCUCCAUCCCGCCGAUGUCCACAGAUUAACCCAUCUUUCCCAGCAUUAUACCAUUUUGCUGUUUCCUUUUGCAAUACAUCCCUACAUUUUACUGUGAUUUCAUACGAGGGCCUUGAACCUCCCUAUGUGUAACAUUUCUACCGAUAUUGCCCUAAAAAUAAAUACUUUACCCAAGAGUAUAUUUAUAUUUCCAAUCAUUGAUUGUGGUUUUUCAGAUCCCCUAACAAUGCAGUUUGCAGGUCCAUCUGCAAACAGCCAUUCUUCCUGGCAGGUUUCAUUCAUAGUCUGAUUUACCACUGGGCUUUAAUUACCCUAAAGGUUUUCUGGGCCCAGCUUUCAGGUAUUGUUGCUAAAUCACUCCUGGCAAGACCAGCUAUUCAAGCUGUCUUGGCUGCCCUGUUCUUCCUGUUAUACCCAGUAGGUCUUACUCUUCAUGACCGUAUCAAUAUAUAUUGUUUUCUUCUCCAUUUCCCCUCAGUUCUCAUUCAAAAAAGAUGAGAAAUGCAAGGAAUUGUGCACCAAAACCUAUGUGAAGGGCAAACCCGAGGAUACGAAAAUGCUGGACUUCAUCAAGAAUGGAAUGCAGUUGAACUACCAGCACCAUUGGUGAGCUAAUCAUUCUCCUUCUCAUUAAUAGGUUGAGAUAAUUGUACGUAAUUGUACAGAAACCGUUCCGCUUACCCCCAAGCGUAGUAGGGCCUCUUAGCAUGACACUAAUCCUAUACAACGGGUUAACACUAUGUAUUUUUGCACAGCUUUUGGUUAGACCGAGAUGGAUGAACAGGAGACAGAUUUGUGUCAACUAAAUCACUUCCAGGGUUUUUUUCCAGUGGAUUUAGAGUAUUUUAAUUGGGUUUAACAAAAUGUGAGUGUGUUUUCAGGAUUGUUGACAACAUGCCAGUCACCUGGUGCUAUGAUGUGGAAGACGGUCAGAAAUACUGCAAUCCUGGAUUCCCCAUUGGCUGCCUCGUCACUGAAGAUGGCCGGGCUAAAGAUGCCUGUGUCAUCAAUGUGAGCUAUACUGUUAUCUCACAUACAUGAUGGUUGCCCGAUAUCAAUCUGAUAACGCCAGAGUUUGAAGCUAUGAUAAUUCUAGUUCAGGCUGUGCCUUGCUAUAGUAAUAUAAUAACGCCAUCAUAUGUUUGGACCGUGACUGAGGCAUGCUGUUUUAAGCUGUAUUUUGAAUAGUUCUAAUGAUAACCUCUUUUGUACGUGUUGUGUUUAGUAUAAGUACGCACUAUGGAAUCUGGGGUAAUUGACUGGCAUCGUUAUCUCUUUCAGUUGGAGUUCAAAAAGAGGAAUACGUUUUACAUCUUCAACCACGUGGCCAUCAAAAUCACCUACCACAAUGGGGAGGGGGAGGGGUGGAGGGGAGCUCGUCUGGUGGCUGCCACACUGGAGCCCAAGAGGUAAGAACUUCAGAAAGACCCAGACAAUGUAAAUCAGGUGGGGAAUAAGCAGAUUCAUUCCAUUUUCAAUAGCAGCUCUUGAACUUAUUGUCUUCGACGCUUCCGUAGGUUUCCAUGAAUAUGCGCUGUUCUAUACUCAUUGAACAACUGUUUGCCACACAUGUUUGUUUCGUUUGAUUGUUGAUCAGUGUCAUUUCCGCAUUUCACCAGAGGAGGCCGAAACGCUAUUAAAAAAAAAAUGUCACUGCUGUAUCUGGCAUGCAUAAAUUCACCACACAUCAUUAGGUAAAUGAGUUGGCAGUUUGAUUGUUAUGGCAGGAUUUCCAAAUGUCCAAACCUAAUUAUCCAAUCCAUUAAACCAGAUUUAUGAAUAUGUUUGAUUUAAUUAACAGUUUUAGCAAUCAUCUGUACACAAGCAGAGUUUCAUAUGAAGUACUAAAAGCACUCUCCUUUUAUAAUACUUUUUUAAAGGGUUUUGUGUUGUAGCUGGGUAUAAAUACAACAGUGCCGGACCCAAAUCAGUGGAAUGCCCCCACCCCAUCGCCCAAUUAGCGAUUUAUACCAGUCCGAAUGGUGGUCCCGACAGCACGCAAAAAAAGGGUCAGGGCAGUGGGGCAGGACUCUUAAAUAUAUGGUAUCCAAGAUUUGGCAAUGCAUACUGUAGGCCUGUAGUAUGGACUGGAAUUACGCGCCUCUUUCAAACCAUGAAGCUGGGAGAGAACACACGAUGAUGAUGGUUCAUUGAUUUGUGUAGGACAUGGAUUUGAAUAGGCUAAGUAUAUUAAGCUUUCUAAAAUGGAUGAAUGGGGCUGUCAACUGAGCCACAUUAUUAAUAUUCAAAUAUAACUUUAAUGAGUUUUAAUUACAUAAAGAUGGGCUAAAUACCAGUCAAGUUUGACAAAUAUAAUGUAGGAUAUUUAACAUGAAUGUGUUAUGUCUUGAUUCUGUUGACAUUCUCGUUCAGGUCAAAUGGUCACAAGAGCGGAGAGAAAAGCCAGUGCCUGUUGCGUACCGCACAUCACCACUUCCUCAUAUAUGCCAUUGAAACCAGCAUUUCUCUUCUGUUCACUUGGUUUUCAAAUAAACUUUCUUUCAGCAGCCAAGGCAUACUCCUAGUCGUAUUAGCAACCCAUGCUAGUAGUUGCAUCUUGAUCUUCCCUCUUUCAAUUUUUGUAUGGAUAUUUAUUUCCAUCUCUGUCAUAUGAAACCGUUAUCAUGUGCAGUGCGCAUUAGAAUGGGGUUUUCCGCUAGGCCUACUUGCAUUUUGGAACAUUUGUGCCUAUUCAAAUCAAAUCAAAUUGUAUUUGCCACAUGCGCUGAAUACAACAGGUGUAGACAUUACAGUGAAAUGCUUACUUACAGCCCUUAACCAACAAUGCAUUAAUUUUUUUAUAAAAAAGUAAAAUAAAACAAAAACAAAAAAGUGUUGAGGGAAAAAAAAGAGCAGAAGUAAAAUAAAAUAACAGUAGGGAGGCUAUAUACAGGGGGGUACCGGUGCAGAGUCAAUGUGUGGACUGGAUGUACAAGGAGAUGCCUAUUGCUGUGUGUGCAUUGCUGCGCUUAGCCUAUAAUGGGAAGAAAUAAUAAUUUAUCAACAUUUGAACAAGCUCAACAUUUUGAUCUGUUCCAUCAAUCUUGUUGUUUUAAACUUUUGGGAUUUACAGUGGUUGUAUGAACUUUGGAUCUAUCGUCCCAGGGUCUGUUUUGAAACUGUCUGACAUUUAACAAAACAUUUAAUUAAAUAAUUGGAGCCUGGCUAGGCAUACUUGUCAUAAAUGCAACUGCCAAGCAUAUAAAGGCUAUGCAGGCAAUGCUGCAGCAAAUGUACCUGUCCCUGAGCUGAUAAGAUCAUUCAUGCAUUAUGAACUGCGCUCCAUCCAUGCUGAGAUGCGCUAUUUUUCCCCACGUGGGAUUAACGCUAUUCUUUGGGAACAAUGGCGCGCUCUGGUGAUUUGCUAGUGUCAAAGUAGGGCAAAUUAACGAAUAUCAGAUUCUCCGGGAGAAUUCCAACCAACGGCCUCCAACACACACCCGACAUGCUCUGAAUUUAAUUCACAUAUAAGCGAUGGUACUUAACUCUUCCGACUCGCCCAGAUAUAAAUUGACUUUUAUGUUUGUUUGAUUGACAGUAUCAAAAAUGCUGAUGCUGACAAACCGACAUGUGAAGGCUUUCCUAUGGAGGUUCCUGUAAAGUUUGACAGUGACGUGAAGAUCACAUACACCUACUCUGUCACCUUCGAGGUACGUUAGAACAAUUAAGCACAAAAAUGAUUUUGUUUUGCACAUAUACAGUGAGGGGAAAAAAGUAUUUGAUCCCCUGCUGAUUUUGUACGUUUGCCCACUGACAAAGACAUGAUCAGUCUAUAAUUUUAAUGGUAGGUUUAUUUGAACAGUGAGAGACAGAAUAACAACAAAAAAAUCCAGAAAAACGCAUGUCAAAAAUGUUAUAAAUUGAUUUGCAUUUUAAUGAGGGAAAUACAUAUUUGACCCCUCUGCAAAACAUGACUUAGUACUUGGUGGCAAAACCCUUGUUGGCAAUCACAGAGGUCAGAAGUUUCUUGUAGUUGGCCACCAGGUUUGCACACAUCUCAGGAGGGAUUUUGUCCCACUCCUCUUUGCAGAUCUUCUCCAAGUCAUUAUGGUUUCGAGGCUGACAUUUGGCAACUCGAACCUUCAGCUUCCUCCACAGAUUUUCUAUGGGAUUAAGGUCUGGAGACUGGCUAGGCCACUCCAGGACCUUAAUGUGCUUCUUCUUGAGCCACUCCUUUGUUGCCUUGGCUGUGUGUUUUGGGUCAUUGUCAUGCUGGAAUACCCAUCCACGACCCAUUUUCAAUGCCCUGGCUGAGGGAAGGAGGUUCUCACCCAAGAUUUGACGGUACAUGGCCCCGUCCAUCGUCCCUUUGAUGCGGUGAAGUUGUCCUGUCCCCUUAGCAGAAGAACACCCCCAAAGCAUAAUGUUUCCACCUCCAUGUUUGACGGUGGGGAUGGUGUUCUUGGGGUCAUAGGCAGCAUUCCUCCUCCUCCAAACACGGCGAGUUGAGUUGAUGCCAAAGAGCUCGAUUUUGGUCUCAUCUGACCACAACACUUUCACCCAGUUCUCCUCUGAAUCAUUCAGAUGUUCAUUGGCAAACUUCAGACGGGCCUGUAUAUGUGCUUUAUUGAGCAGAGGGACCUUGCGGGCGCUGCAGGUUUUCAGUCCUUCACGGCGUAGUGUGUUACCAAUUGUUUUCUUGAUGACUAUGGUCCCAGCUGCCUUGAGAUCAUUGACAAGAUCCUCCCGUGUAGUUCUGGGCUGAUUCCUCACCGUUCUCAUGAUCAUUGCAACUCCACGAGGUGAGAUCUUGCAUGGAGCCCCAGGCCGAGGGAGAUUGACAGUUAUUUUGUGUUUCUUCCAUUUGCGAAUAAUCGCACCAACUGUUGUCACCUUCUCACCAAGCUGCUUGGCGAUGGUCUUGUAGCCCAUUCCAGCCUUGUGUAGGUCUACAAUCUUGUCCCCGACAUCCUUUUAGAGCUCUUUGGGCUUGGCCAUGGUGGAGAGUUUGGAAUCUGAUUGAUUGAUUGCCUCUGUGGACAGAUGUCUUUUAUACAGGUAACAAACUGAGAUUAGGAGCACUCCCUUUAAGAGUGUGCUCCUAAUCUCAGCUCGUUACCUGUAUAAAAGACACCUGAGAGCCAGAAAUCUUUCUGAUUGAGAGGGGGUCAAAUACUUAUUUCCCUCAUUAAAAUGCAAAUCAAUUCAUAACAUUUUUGACAUGCAUUUUUCUGGAUUUGUUUGUUGUUAUUCUGUCUCUCACUGUUCAAAUAAACCUACCAUUAAAAUUAUAGACUGAUAAUUUCUUUGUCAGUGGGCAAACGUACAAAAUCAGCAGGGGAUCAAAUACCUUUUUCCCUCACUGUAACUACACCAUUUGAAUUUGUGUGGUCAUCAGCAUAGUUCAUAGAAGUAUUGAAGUAUUCUCUUUUUACAAAUAAUCAUUUCUUAAUUCACAGGAAAACAAUGACAUCAAGUGGGCCUCCAGAUGGGACUACAUUUUGGUCUCAAUGCCUCACACCAACAUCCAGUGGUUCAGGUACGUUUGGUCUCUCAACAGACAGCCCUCAUAAGGGAUUUACAGCACAGAAGUAGAGAAUGUUUAACAGGCCUUCUCUGAGAAGGCCCUUAUCCUAAUAGGCAGACAAAUGUUCUGUAAACACCAGCCUGAGUAGCUUGUAGGAAGUCAAAACAAAAUGUAGUGACUUUGUUUGCUGCUACAAAAUUAGAGUUUCACAGAAUACAAUUAUCAGUAAGUCCUCUGUCUUUGUACCUCCAGUCUGGCGUCAAUCACUAUCAACAGAUAUGAGUUUAAGUCCAUAACAUACAGCAUCAAGUUUAGUGACCAUCAACCCACACCUUAAAUGUCACAAACAGAACACUGGAACUCAUGUGUCUAACAGAAGCUCUACAUGUAAUAGGAACUUUAGUCAUGUAGAUUAGAAUAUGGUGCUCCUCUGCUGCUGUUAGUCAUGUUAAUGGUGUACGACUUGUGUUCUUUCCAGCAUCAUGAACUCUCUAGUCAUCGUACUCUUCCUGUCUGGCAUGGUGGCUAUGAUAAUGCUGAGGACCCUGCACAAGGACAUUGCCAGGUAUAACCAGGUGGACCAGGUAAAGAAACGCACACCACACUUCUCUUAGCAUCUCACUUUAGAAUAAUUUGAAACCAAGUUAACAUACAGAAACACAGAACCAGAUUAUUCAAUUGUAUUCUAUUGUAUUCUAUUGUAUUCUAUUGUAUUCUAUUGUAUUCUAUUGUAUUCUAUUGUACGCAAAUGAAUCCAUCAAGUGUGAAUGGGUGAGAUGGACAUAGCAGAGGAUUUGUCUGCCAAAAGUUAAUGUGUGUUCUGUUUCCUACCGACCCACAAGCAUGAAACCUUUGUAACAUUUCACAUUCACAGGGAGACUUGAUAAAGGUUCCACCACCACAAGGAAAAUCCAUAUCCUAUGUAAGCUUAUCGAAAGCCAUUUGAACACAAACUGGGUAUUGGUGUUGUGAUUUCUGGGAGCCAUCUCUUGAGGCGUCAUAAAACGUAAACCUUUAAAAUAUGGUGUAGUGCAAGCCAUCAUUUACAGAUGCCCAGUCAUUUGAGAAAAUAAAAAAAAGAUUCCAAGAAUGUUUGUCUGCUUUUGGGCUAAGCUGAGAGUUCAUGUCUACACCAUAUUUUACAGCCAUUGGCUAACGGUGUAACAUCAUGUGUCUUGAUGUGUUUUUUUCAACACUAGCAUGUGUUAGACAAGCUGGAAGAUAGGCUAAUGACUCACUCUUGGUGAUUGGCUGAUCCGUAACAAAGCAAUUUGAAUAUGCAUAACUUUUACCAUUAUCUUGGUUCUGAUUGGUUGUGGUUCACUCUAACCCAAUAGGAGGAUGCCCAGGAGGAGUCUGGGUGGAAACAGGUGCACGGGGAUGUGUUCCGGCCUCCCAGGAAGGGCAUGCUGCUUUCUGUGUUCCUCGGCCAGGGAACCCAGAUCUUCAUCAUGACCUUCAUCACCCUCUGUAAGUAACUCUUCCUGAGAUACUUUAGUAAGCAAUGGAAACUCACAAUGCAAUACAUCUUCUUCAGAAUAGUUUUUUUUAUAGAGUAAUAGUUAUUACCGUCUCUUAUUGACCUUUACUAGAGCAAUAGUGGUAGUAUUACUGUAGUAUUAGUAUUCUGUGUAGUGAUGGUGACGUCAGUUUGUCUCCUCUAGUCCUGGCCUGCCUGGGGUUCCUGUCUCCAGCUAACCGAGGGGCUCUGAUGACCUGUUCUGUGGUGCUGUGGGUUCUGCUGGGGACCCCUGCAGGAUACGUGUCAUCACGCCUCUACAAGGGUAAGCCCUAUGUACACACACAUCAACGUACCACACGUGAAUUUACUAAAUGAGAUUGAGUUUUAGAAAGGUACGAUAUAAAUGUUAAAAGCCAGAUCAAUGACAAUUCAGGCCUACAGUGAGCUGGACAGUAUGAGAUUCCCUCCAACCAUUCAGUUAGAUAUGUAUUUCUGUUCUUCCUGAAGAGUCUCUCUAUUCUGUAUGCCCUGCUUAUAGCUUAUGAUUUUAACCCUUGUUUUCCUGUGUGUCCUCAGCUUUCGGUGGUGAGAAAUGGAAGACCAAUGUCCUGUUGACAGCACUGUUGUGUCCAGGGUAGGUCAGCUGUUCACGUACUGUAGCAUCCAAAGCUGCAUUUAUUUGACACAUUCUCCUUCUUAACAGGGAGAUGUGUACAGAGGCUUCACAUCUCUCCUUUCUCUCUCUCGCUCUCCCCCCCAGGAUUGUAUUUGCAGACUUCUUCCUGAUGAACUUGAUCCUGUGGGUGGAGGGCUCGUCGGCUGCCAUCCCCUUCGGCACGCUGGUGGCCAUCUUAGCUCUGUGGUUUGGCAUCUCUGUGCCCCUCACCUUCGUCGGCGCCUACUUCGGCUUCAAGAAACCUGUGAGUCUAAAAUCAGAUCCCCCUCUGUCCAUGUAAUCUUAUUCAUUAUUUAUUUAUUUUUUUGUCAUUUAGCAGACGCUCUUAUCCAGAGCGACUUACAGGAGCAAUUAGGGUUAAGUGCCUUGCUCAAGGGCACAUCGACAGAUUUUCACCUAGUCGGCUCGGGGAUUAGAACCAGCGACCUUUCGGUUACUGGCACAACGCUCUUAACCACUAAGCUACUGUUGUGGAAAAUAACCACUAUACUUUCUUACAAAUAAGGUCUUACAGAGUUUUUGUUGCAUCAACAUAUAUGACUUUACUAGAGUUUCAACAAAGCCGAUGCCAGUCUGCAGAAUGACACACCCUCUUACUCUCUCCCUCCAUCUUAUAUAGUCCCCUCUACAGUUUCCCGCUCUUUUAUUGCUCCGCCCACUCCCUUUGUCUAUGGUGGCGGCUACAUUCGACUUUCAUUAUGCACAUAGUACUCCAACCAAUCACUCACUCCCCUGUCUUGCACACACACUCAUGUUUAGUUUAACCAUUACAAGUCCCUAAAUCCUUGAAACAUACACAAACCCCACACACACAGUGAAAUUACCCAAUUCAAUUCCUUGCCCAGUAACAAAGAAAUCUAACUCUAUGCUCUUGAUUAACCCAGUUCUACCUCAUAGUCCAUUAAACUCUACAGUUCAUUAAUAAUAAUUCACCACACUACCUGCCGCCCCAGUAUUAUGAUCUAAAUGACAAAACGGAUCCUAGAUCAGCACUCCUACUUUAAGAUGGAUUAUGACUACGGGCCCUGAUAUUUUGUCCACGUUAAUACCAAGCCCUUUUUUAAUAUGGCCUACAACUUUCCAUGUCUUGGUGAGUUACCACCCCUCUCUCUUGCUCCAUUUUACAGACCAUUGAGCAGCCUGUGAGAACCAACCAGAUCCCCAGACAGAUCCCAGAACAGUCCUUCUUCACCAAGCCUGUCCCCGGCAUCGUCAUGGGGGGCAUCCUGCCCUUCGGCUGCAUCUUCAUCCAGCUCUUCUUCAUCCUCAACAGCAUCUGGUAGGGGGGAAAAAAACACUAAUACAAUUGUGUGUCUGUCAUCUGUCUGACCGUCUGUCUGUGUCUUGUCUUUCUCGUUGAAGCAACUCACCUGCUUAGCUGGGAGUCUUGUUUGACUGGUUGAUUGAUGUAAUAAAGUUAGAUUUUUUUGGUCUUCUGUUCCAGGUCUCACCAGAUGUACUACAUGUUUGGUUUCCUCUUCCUGGUCUUCAUCAUCCUCCUCAUCACCUGCUCUGAGGCCACCAUCCUGCUGUGCUACUUCCACUUGUGUGCAGAGGUGAGAGGAAACUACUAUUCAUGGGGCUUUCUCUCAGAAUAAUGGUCUAUUGAAACAUAUAGGUGUUAAAUUACUGAAAUGUGGAUUGUGGUGUACUACGAAAUAACAUUACGAAAAUUUUCAUGGGUAGAGUUUCCUGGGACUUCCCAGUGGGCGAAACGGGUUGAAAUAACAUCACAAUUACUUAAUUUCAACCAAUUUCGACUGCUGGGUUACUACUUACAUAAUGAGAAUGUAUUAAACUAUUUACAGUCAGAAUCUGUCAGAAUGUCUGUAGCCUAACCUAAGCCCUGUUUCCUGUAGGACUAUCACUGGUGGUGGCGCUCGUUCCUGACCAGCGGCUUCACGGCGGUCUACCUGUUUGUAUACGCCGUCCACUACUUCUUCUCAAAGCUGCAGAUCGUAGGGGCCGCCAGCACGAUCCUCUACUUCGGCUACACCGCCAUCAUGGUGCUCAUAUUCUUCCUCUUCACAGGUGAGUGA